AAAAAAACAUAAGAAAACGCACGGUGAAGAAGUUUCCUGAUCGGACCCGACAAAGAAAACAAGUUUCCUUUUCGGUGUUCUAAUUCUAAAUUUCAAUUUGAAACAUUCAUUCAUUCAAUUCAACCAAAUCAUUUUAAUUCAUCAGUAACGAUCAAACCUUUCCUUAAAUUCAUAUAUACAACCAAAUCAUCGCAAUUCAUCGAACCUUUUUUUUUUUUUUUUUUUUUUUAUUUUUACUUUUUUUCUUUUUCCCAUUCCUCAAUCAAUCAAACGCACCAACCAUAUAUAAUACACUUUUCUUUCGGUUUCUCCGCACAUCAUUCUUCCUCUGCGUUUUCUCAAUCCCCACUCAGCUAUGCGGAGCCACAUUAUGUGUACUGGGUGUAGAAACAUCUUGCUUUACCCUAGAGGAGCAAGCAAUGUUUGCUGUGCAGUGUGCAGCACAAUUACCCCUGUUAUUCCUGUUCUUCCUCCUGGAAUGGAAAUGUCACAACUUUAUUGUGGAGGUUGUAGAACGUUGCUAAUGCACGCACGUGGAGCUACUACCGUGAGAUGUUCCUGCUGUAACACUAUAAAUCUUGUGCCAGAUUCCAAUCAAAUGAACCAUAUCCGUUGUGGGAACUGCCGGACAACACUCAUGUAUCCUCAUGGAGCUCCCUCAGUCAAAUGUGCAGUUUGUCACUAUAUUACUAAUGUCGAUAUGACCAAUGGAAGGCCGCCAACUCCUGUACGGACACCUAAUGAAACAACCAGCUCCGAAACGUCAAGACCCCGCUUUGAGAGCCAAACUGUAGUAGUAGAAAAUCCUAUGUCCGUUGAUUCAAGUGGGAAAUUGGUAAGCAAUGUUGUCGUGGGCGUUACAACAGAGAAGAAAUGAUUGCUGAUGCUUUAAAAUGUUGUUGGUUUAUGUGAUGUUGAGGCCUGCAAUGAUUGAAUUGAAGUCUAGACUCUUCUCCGUUCAAAGUUUCAUGUAUUUAUAUGCAUUAUACAAGGUUUGAAAUGUGAGAAAGUGCAGAAAGCUUUUCAAUUUUGUGAUUUGCUACUUUUUUGCCUCAUUUUGCAUCUACAUCCAAAUCCAUAGGUUCAUUUUGAUUUGUCUCAAAUUACAAGUCCUGGAUGAGGUUUUGAUGUUUAUGUUUUGGUGACUUGGUAAGCAUGAUCAGUGGAUCGAUGUGUGGUGUUCAAAUUGCAUUUUUACAUAGAAAAGUUGAUUUUAAACAAUUAUAGAUAUUCAAUUGGUGCAAUUAUACAUUAUCAA